CCGGUGCGGGCCGCCAUUGUGGUCAGUUCGAUCGGUAUCGGGAGCGGAGAGCGGAGCCCAGCAAGCCCGGAGCAGGGAGCAGCCCCCCCCACGGCCGGCCCCAGUCACCAUCACACCGCGGGAGGCGGCGCAACAGCCAGUCACCACCACCGUCCGCACCGAACAGCCGCCGCCAUGAGCAGCGAGGCCGAGACCCAGCCGCCCGCCGCCCCUCUCCCCGCGGCGGCCCCCACCGCACCCGCCGAGUCCAAACCCAACGGCGGCACCGGCAACGGUGGCAGCGGCCUGGCCUCGGCGGCGCCCCCCGCCGGCGGGGACAAGAAGGUCAUCGCAACGAAGGUUUUGGGAACAGUGAAAUGGUUCAACGUAAGAAACGGCUACGGUUUCAUCAACAGGAAUGACACCAAGGAAGAUGUGUUUGUACACCAGACUGCCAUAAAGAAGAAUAACCCCAGGAAGUACCUUCGCAGUGUAGGUGAUGGAGAGACUGUGGAGUUUGAUGUGGUGGAAGGUGAAAAGGGUGCAGAGGCAGCUAAUGUUACAGGUCCUGGUGGAGUUCCAGUACAAGGCAGUAAAUACGCAGCAGACCGUAACCAUUACAGGCGGUAUCCACGACGUAGGGGUCCUCCACGCAAUUACCAGCAAAAUUACCAGAACAGUGAGAGUGGGGAAAAGAACGAGGGAUCAGAUAGCAUACCAGAAGGGCAAGCCCAACAGCGCCGUCCCUACCGCAGACGGCGGUACCCACCUUACUAUAUGCGUAGACCCUAUGGGCGUCGACCACAAUAUUCCAACCCUCCUGUGCAAGGAGAGAUAGUGGAGGGUGCUGACAACCAGGGUGCAGGAGAACAAGGCAGACAGGUCAGACAGAAUAUGUAUCGGGGGUACAGACCACGAUUUCGCAGCUUGAUUUUCAGGGGUCCUCCUCGUCAAAGACAGCCUAGGGAGGAAGGAAAUGAAGAAGAUAAAGAGAACCAAGGGGAUGAGACCCAAGGUCAGCAGCCACCUCAACGUCGGUACCGUCGUAACUUCAACUACCGACGCAGACGCCCAGAGAACCCUAAACCACAAGAUGGCAAAGAGACGAAGGCAGCCGAACCACCAGCUGAGAACACGUCUGCUCCCGAGGCUGAGCAGGGCGGGGCUGAGUAAAUGCCGGCUUACCAUCUCUACCAUCAUCCGG